AAAUAUAUUUCCGUAUUCUACAUUUCUAUUACAACCGUACAAAAAUACCGGAACAGUUGAGAUUAUAAACUCUGGAUCGCGUAGCAAGGUUGCUUUCGUAAUACUUGAAAUGGCGCAGAAGCAAUCUCCCAGACACAAUCACGGUAACACACACAAGAACUGAGAGAGAGAGAAGAGAGAAGAAAAAAAAAAAGCAUUGACCGCCAUUAAAAACCACUUCCCUUUAUAUAUCACUCCCAAACACAUUCCCUUCAUUAUCUUUCCAUUUUCUCUUAUCUUUCUCUUUCUGCUUUUUUCUUUCUCUUCUUCACUGUCCAGAAAACUCUUCAGAACUUCAAAAUCAAGAAGCCCGUUUCCAUUUCCCUGCACUUCCUGUCCGGUUCGGUCCGGUUCAAUUGGAUCAUGGAACAAACCAUGCUUGAAGCCAUUCAGUUCAACGAGGAAAUCCAAGGCAUCAUAGCUCCGGCGCCGGAAACCGCCAGUUCCUUCACUGCGCUGCUCGAACUCCCGCCGACGCAGGCCGUCGAGCUCCUCCAUUCGCCGGAGCGAGCCGGGAAACCACCGCGCCAUAAUCCAAAACCCUAUCCGUUGACGUCAUUUGCCUCCGCCUCCGCUUCGUCUGCCAACCUGACCUUCCCGUCAAACGCCGCCCUGAUUGAACGCGCCGCCAGGCUCUCCGUCUUCGCCGGAGAGAAUUCUAACUCGAACUCGAACUCAACGGAGAUAAAGCGAGAGCUGCCGGAGACCGAUUCCAACCCGAGUUCAACUCAGGGCGGCGGCUCCGCCUCCGAUCCCGCCCUGGAGAACAAGGACGAGAAGGGCCUGAAGAGGAAGGAGCGAGAGAAGAAGGUGAAGGCAUCUUCGAAGAAGAGCAAGAGUGUCGUCCCAGACGAUAGUUCCUGCGACGGCCAGAAGCUUCCGUACGUUCACGUCCGAGUUCGUCGAGGUCAAGCCACUGAUAGCCAUAGCUUAGCAGAAAGGGCUAGGAGAGAGAAGAUAAAUGCUCGGAUGAAACUUUUGCAAGAGCUGGUCCCGGGUUGCAAUAAGAUAUCAGGCACAGCAUUGGUUCUGGAUAAAAUCAUCAACCAUGUUCAAUCUCUACAACAUGAAGUGGAGAUAUUAUCGAUGAAACUGGCAGCAGUGAACCCAGUAAUUGAUUUCAACCUUGACAGCUUAUUGGCUACCGAAGGAGUCUCUCCAAUGGACUGUAACUUCCCUCCCACAGUUGCACCCGUCGUCUGGCCAGAAAUCCCGCAGAAUGCAAACAGACAACAAUAUCAGCAACCGUGGCAAUUCGAUGCAUUCCACCACCAGCCCAUUUGGGGCAGGGAAGAAGACAACACUAAUUUUAUGACUCCAGAAAACUCACUCUUGAGUUAUGACUCAUCGGCUAAUUCAGUAUCUCUGCAUUCAAAUCAGUUGAAGAUGGAACUCUGAAGGGGUACAGAGGUGGUGGCACCAGUAGCAAUUAGUGUAUAUAACAAAUAUAGUAUUAGCAAUUAGCCGUGAUUUGAGCAGCCUCAACAUUCAGCAGGGUUUCCUUGUCUUCUAUUUUGUCAGAGUCAGUUGGAAACCUGGAAUUUAUUCAGCCAGCAAGGAAGAAGAAUUGUUAAUCUAUUUUUAUAAAAUAUAUUAGUAUCACUAUUUAUACUAACUACAGGGGUCAUUCAAUCUAUGCUGUGAUUGAUUGAUUCAGAUUGUAAAAUCAUUGACUGGACUAUUAGUGAACUAUCAUGGAAGUUUGUUGCUAUG